AUGAUCUCCGAUCUUCUUCCCGGCGGCCAUCUAACCUUACAUAUUAUCUUCCCACCAGGUGGUGCGCCGAUCUACUGGCAUACCACUAUAAAUAAAUCUAUCUAUCUAUCUAUCUAUCUAUCUAUCUAUCUAUCUAUCUGUUCAUAUCUAUAUAUCUGUCUGUCCAUUAUCUAUCUAUCAAUCAAUCAAUCUAUCCGAUCAUAUCUAUCUAUCUCUGUCUGUUCAUUAUCUAUCUAUCUAUCUAUCUAUCUAUCUAUCUAUCUAUCUAUCUAUCUAUCUAUCUAUCAGUACAUAUCUAUCCCUGUUCAUUAUCUAUCUAUCUAUCUAUCUAUCUAUCUAUCUAUCUAUCUAUCUAUCUAUCUAUCUAUCACAGUCUGUUCAUUUCAAUCGUCUGUUCAUUUCCAUCUCACUCUGUUCAUUUCUAUCACAGUCUUCUCAUUUCUUGAAAAUUCCUAUCAAUAUGAAUAUUCAAUACGGCAUUAUCUAUCUAUCUAUCUAUCUAUCUAUCUAUCUAUCUAUCUCAGUAUAUUCAUAUCUAUCUGUCUAUCUUUGGUCUUUUAUUUAUCUAUUAACAAUAUCUCUCUCUCUCUCUGUCUCUCUCCCUGUGUGCGUGAAUAG